CACAGUGUCAGAAGAAGAGAGUGCAGUGUGGUUGAGGCUCUGCUCACGUCUCCAUCUGUUCGGCUGUCACAUCCGCCGGUAUGUUGGGUUAUGCAGUGAUCCGCGGGGGCCUGGGACUCCUGGCGGUGCGGAGGGUGUGUCUGGUGUCCCGCUCGGCGCACUCGGUCCCACGCGUCGAACACCGCCCCAUCAAGAAGGUCAUGGUGGCCAACAGAGGUGAAAUUGCCAUCCGAGUUUUCCGAGCCUGCACAGAGCUGGGGAUUCGCACUGUGGCUGUUUACUCCGAACAGGACACAGGGCAAAUGCACAGGCAGAAGGCAGAUGAAGCGUAUUUGAUUGGAAAAGGCCUGGCUCCUGUGGCUGCCUACCUGGACAUCCCCGACAUCAUCAAAGUAGCCAAGGACAAUAAUGUAGAUGCGAUCCACCCGGGCUAUGGCUUCCUUUCAGAGAGAGCAGACUUCGCUCAGGCCUGUGCUGAUGCGGGGGUCAUGUUCGUGGGUCCAGCCCCAGAAACGGUGCGCAAGAUGGGGGACAAGGUGGAGGCGCGAUCCCUGGCCAUCAGUGCAGGUGUCCCCGUGGUACCAGGAACAGACUCGCCCAUCUCCAGUCUGAAAGAGGCCCAGGCGUUUGCUCAGACCUAUGGCUUCCCCAUCAUCUUCAAAGCAGCGUAUGGAGGCGGUGGACGAGGCAUGAGGGUGGUCCGAGAGAUAGAGGAGCUCGAGGAGAAUUACCAGCGGGCCUACUCGGAAGCGCUGGCGGCUUUUGGGAACGGAGCCCUGUUUAUCGAGAAGUUUAUUGAAAAACCCAGACACAUUGAAGUCCAAAUCCUCGGGGACAAAUAUGGAAAUGUCAUUCACCUUUACGAGAGAGACUGCUCCAUCCAGCGCAGACACCAAAAGGUUGUGGAGAUCGCACCUGCUUUUCAACUGGACCCUCACCUGAGAGCUCGCCUUCACGCAGACGCCGUCAACCUCGCCAAGCUGGUGGGUUAUGAGAAUGCUGGCACUGUGGAGUUGGUGGACAAACAUGACAAUCACUACUUCAUCGAGGUGAACUCCAGGCUGCAGGUGGAGCACACGGUCACUGAAGAAAUCACAGAUGUGGACUUGGUUCACGCUCAGCUCCAUGUGUGUGAGGGCCGCAGUCUGCCCGAGCUGGGGCUGAAACAGGAGAAGAUCCGAGUAAACGGCUGUGCCAUCCAGUGCAGAGUGACCACCGAGGACCCCGCUCGAGGAUUCCAGCCAGACACCGGCAGGAUCGAGGUAUUCCGUAGUGGUGAGGGCAUGGGGAUCCGUCUGGACAGUGCGUCGGCGUUCCAGGGAGCGGUCAUCUCUCCUCACUACGACUCGCUCCUUGUCAAAGUCAUCGCCAGCGGGAAAGACCUGCAGACAGCCUCAUCCAAGAUGAGCCGUGCCCUGGCCGAGUUCAGAGUCCGAGGCGUCAAGACUAACAUCCCCUUCCUCCAGAAUGUCUUCUCCAACCACCAGUUCCUUCACUCCACGGUGGACACACAGUUCAUCGACGAGAACCCAGAUCUGUUCAACCUCAAGCCAGUCCAGAACCGGGCCCAGAAACUACUGCACUACCUCGGUCAUGUGAUGGUGAACGGCCCGACCACGCCCAUCCCGGUCAAAGCCAAGCCCUCCUCCACAGACCCGGUCAUCCCUCCCAUCACCAUGGGUGACCCUCCAGUUGGUUUCCGAGAUGUCCUGCUGCGUGACGGGCCUGAGGGCUUUGCGAAGGCUGUGCGCGCUCACCCGGGUCUGCUCCUCAUGGACACCACCUUCAGAGACGCCCACCAGUCGCUCCUGGCAACAAGGGUCCGCACGCACGACCUCAAGAAGAUCUCACCAUUCGUCAGCCAUAACUUCAGCAACCUGUACAGCCUGGAGAACUGGGGAGGUGCUACGUUUGAUGUGGCCAUGCGCUUCCUGUCCGAGUGUCCAUGGAAGAGGCUGCAGGAGCUCAGGGCUUUGAUCCCGAACGUCCCAUUUCAGAUGCUGCUGAGAGGAGCCAACGCUGUGGGCUACACCAACUACCCCGAUAACGCUGUUUUCAAGUUUUGUGAAGUGGCGAAGGAGAAUGGCAUGGACAUUUUCAGGGUGUUUGACUCCCUGAACUACGUGCCCAACAUGCUGCUGGGCAUGGAGGCAGCCGGGGCAGCAGGGGGCGUUGUCGAGGCUGCGAUCUCCUACACCGGUGAUGUGGCUGAUCCCAUGAGGCAGAAGUACUCGCUGGACUACUACCUGAAACUGGCCGACGAGCUGGUCAAGGCUGGGACGCACAUCCUCUGCAUUAAGGACAUGGCAGGUCUGCUGAAGCCCGAGGGCAGUAAGAUCCUGGUGGGUGCUCUGAGAGACCGCUUCCCCGACGUGCCCAUCCACGUGCACACCCACGACACGGCCGGGGCGGGCGUGGCGGCCAUGUUGGCGUGUGCCGAGGCCGGGGCGGAUGUAGUGGAUGUCGCUGUGGACUCCAUGGCAGGGAUGACCUCUCAGCCCAGUAUGGGAGCUAUUGUGGCCUGCACCAAAGGAACCAAGCUGGAGACUGGCAUCGCUCUGGAGAAGGUGUUUGACUACAGCGAGUACUGGGAGGUGGCUCGCGGCCUGUACGCUCCGUUCGACUGCACGGCCACCAUGAAAUCUGGGAACGCCGACGUGUACGAGAACGAGAUCCCCGGAGGACAGUACACCAACCUGCAUUUCCAGGCUCACAGUAUGGGACUGGGGAACAAGUUCAAGGAGGUGAAGAAGGCCUACACAGAAGCCAACAAACUGCUCGGAGAUCUCAUUAAGGUGACCCCCUCCUCGAAGAUCGUGGGUGACCUGGCUCAGUUCAUGGUGCAGAAUGACCUGAGCAGAGCCGAGGUGGAGGAGAGGGCAGAUGAGCUGUCUUUCCCUCUGUCUGUGGUGGAGUUCCUGCAGGGAUACAUUGGAAUACCGCAUGGAGGAUUCCCAGAGCCUUUGAGAUCCAAGGUGCUCAAGUCUCUGCCCCGUAUCGAGGGUCGCCCCGGUGCCUCUCUGCCUCCCAUGGACUUCAAGGCUCUGGAGGAGGGGAUCAGAGCGGCGCACGGUGAGGACAUCACACCUGAGGAUGUCAUGUCCGCUGCCAUGUACCCUAAAGUGUUCCAGGAGUACAAGGAGUUCACCUCUGUGUUUGGCCCUGUGGACUGUCUCAACACCAGGCUCUUCCUGGAUGGACCCAAAAUCGCUGAGGAGUUUGAGGUGGAGCUGGAGAGGGGGAAGAUCCUGCACAUCAAGGCUUUGGCUCUGGGAGAUCUGAACAAGGCCGGACAGAGGGAGGUCUUCUUCGAACUCAACGGACAACUGCGCUCUGUGCUCGUCAAAGACACUGUCGCCAUGAAGGAAAUGAAAUUCCAUCCCAAGGCUCAGAAAUCUAUUAAGGGUCAAGUGGGAGCACCGAUGCCCGGAAAAGUCCUGGAGGUCAAAGUGGAAGUUGGAGCGAAGGUGGAGAAGGGCCAGCCUCUGUGUGUGCUGUCUGCCAUGAAAAUGGAGACGGUGGUGAACUCGCCCAUGUCCGGGACCGUCAAGGCCGUCCACGUGUCCGCUGACUCUUCUCUGGAGGGAGAUGACCUCAUCCUGGAGAUCGAGGAGUAGACCCACAAUGCACCAGGACAGAGAGAGGAGAGGGAGAGGGAGGGUGGGAGGGUGGGAGGGUUAAACAAUCUGACCGGGACAGGAGAAAACUAGCAGUGUAGUCUUUACUCACAUGUGUAUUCAUAGCAGUACUACAGGGUAUUGUGGCUUCAUCUGCCAUUCUGAAAAGUUUGGUCAAUGUGUAAAAUGCAACAAAAAAAACCCACACAGAUUUAAAUUUUUAAAACUAGAAAUAUUUCGCAAUUUAAAUGUUUUAAGGCAAAAUAGAUACAUUUGAAUUCCCAAGCGCAAACACAUCACAGACUAUCUGAGGCAAGGACAACAAAAGGCUGGAAAAGUUAGAUAAAAAGUUCAGUUUUCAUGCCUAAAAGGUUUAAAUGGGAAAUAUAAAAAGUAAAGAAAGAAAGAACGAAAGAAGAAGCAUAAUUUGCAUUUUACACAUUUCACAACUUUUUGGGAGAUGCUUUUAAGUGUAAAGUGAAAUCAAAAGUUGGGGCCAAAUAUUGUACCUCGAGCUACUGUCUGUGAGUUAGUGAAACAUCUCAUUGUGAUUACAUUCCAGUACUAAUUACUGUUCUAUGUACUAGGAUUAGACUACUGUAUUCUACCAUGUUAUUGCAGUACUAUUUUACUAUAUGGCACCGUUUACAUGUGGUCUGUCGUUAUGUUGCCUUGGUGAUGGGAAAACUGAAUGAAAUACUGAAAACUUAAGCAAGUACAAUUCCGAUAACAAGUGAUGGACAGAAAAAAGAAAAGUCAAGUCCUAUUCAUUUUGCAUAGAGUUUUAGUUUUCUAUUGCGGUCGCCUUUUCUAAACAAAUCUCUAAUAUUUUUGUUGCAAUGCAUUCUGGGAAUGUCAAACCACUGCUAAAAUGUAGACUCACUAUUUUCUUUGGGGAAAAUGAAGAGUCGAGGAGAAACAGAAAAGAUGCUUUGUCCCUUGUUUUGAGUAUUGUUCGUAACACAAGCACAGCAAAUGUUUUUAAUGGUGAAUGACACUGCCCAACGUGAAUGAAAUGCACACAUCCCAGCUACACUGUCGAUCAUGUGGUUAGUAAACAUAAAUUACUUUUAAGCAACAAUAAACAAUAAAUACAUCAAUAAACA